AGAUGAUUUUCCAUGUUGGAACGCAAAGGUAAAGACACUCAAGGACAGAAAUCUUUUGCAGAGGCAAGAUCUUCCUCAGUCACCAUACUUGAUUAGCUGUGGGGAAGUGGAGGCUUCCAUGUAGAAUUCCAUAGAUUCUUCCAGGACAUAGUGUCUGACCCACACUUUCUGGUGUCUCCUGAUACACAGCACGGAUGAAAUGGCGAGUUCCCUGGCCUUUCUUCUGCUCAGCUUUCAUGUCUGCCUCCUCUUGGUCCAGCUGCUCACUCCUUGCUCAGCUCAGUUUGCUGUGCUUGGACCCCCUGGGCCCAUCCUGGCCAUGGUGGGUGAAGACGCUGAUCUGCCCUGUCACCUGAUCCCGACCAUGAGUGCAGAGACCAUGGAGCUGAGGUGGGUGAGUUCCAGCCUCAGGCAGGUGGUGAGCGUGUAUGCAGACGGAAAGGAAGUGGAAGACAGGCAGAGCGCAGAGUAUCGAGGGAGGACUUCGAUUCUGCGGGAUGGCAUCGCUGCAGGGAAGGCUGCUCUCCGAAUACACAACGUCACAGCCUCCGACAGCGGAAAGUACUUGUGUUAUUUCCAAAACGGUGACUUCUAUGAAAAAGCCCUGGUGGAGCUGAAGGUUGCAGGAAGAAUUCCUGCUGUGCCCUACAUGCUCAAGUAA